UGUGCACACCAUGCUAUCCCUUCCACCAUGGUAUCAAGUGCUCGGUGUAAACUAGGCCAAAGGGAUACCGGUUGUAUCGCUCCUGGUGGGAGUCGAAGCCUUAAGUAGAAGGAGAAGAAUAAUGCUUGCAAGUGUUCGCAAAGUCGCCUGUCGCAAGUCCUGGGCCCUAGCUGGCAUCAGCUGGCAUUGCUUAGAUUCUUAACCACUCUAUUCAGAAUAAUAUUAAGAUUAUUAAGAAUAAACUUGACAUUGAUUGGACUAAUCGUUUCUGGCAAAAAAUUAUUAGCGCAAGAGCAAUUCAGAGAUUAAAAUAUUAUGGACGACGAGCUUGAAGAUCAAAUUCUGUAUCAGGGCUCUAGAAGAGCUUCUAAAGAUGAAGCAAUGCGUCAAAUCCAUAGCGAAAGUCAACGUUUAUUGAGAGAGACAGAAAUUUCUUUACCAUAUCAUAGGCCAAAACAGCGAACAUUACAAGAAUUCUUAAACAGAAAAAAAAUAUCAGCUGCCCUUCCAAAAGCACCUUCAACAGCUGCAAAACUUAAGAUGUCAUCUGCGAUAGUAAGCCGGGUACUUGCAGAAAAGGAAAAAGAAGCAGAACUUUUUUAUAAAUCUUCAGAUUCGGAAGAUGAUGUACAACAAUCUAUGUUUUUGGUUAACAAAGAUAUAAAAAAAUCUUUCAAUACAAAUGAAAGAGAGACGCCUUUAGUAGAUAUCCAUAAUAUAUUUCAAAAUCCUGAAAGGAUUGAAACAUUCACUCAAGAUUCUGAAGAUAACAAAAAAGAGAUUGUACAAAAAGAUACAUCCAGAUGUCAAAAAUUACUUGAAAAAUAUUUUUGCGAAAUAGAUCGUCAAACUGUAGAGUUAUCCUCUUUAACAGAUCAUGACAGUAAUCCCGACGUACAACAGAUAACAACAAAUGAAUAUAAUCAAAGUCUUCCAAAGCUUAAUUUACCAAGGAAAUUGUUUGGCCCACAUUUUGAAAAUGGAUCAAAUGACAGCUCUAAAAUAAAUCUCGAUGAACAGGAAGCGACAAAAGGAAUAGUUGAAACUAUUGUUACCUCUUUGAAUAAGAAGAAAUGCAUUAAUGAUGAAAGAAAAUCAAAAAUUACUAUGACAGAAAAUCAAAUAUCAAAAGUACAUCAAGAUGAUUUUGAAGUAAUUAAUGAAAGAGAUAAAAAUCUCGUUACAGAAACAAUGAAAAUGACAGAAACACUUUCUAAUAGCAUAAAUAGUAAGGAAGUAACUGAAAUAUUUCAAAGUGAUAAGGAUGUAUCAGAUAAUGUUAUAUGUUCCAAUUCUAAUGAUUGCAUUAAAAUACAGGAUAGAAAUAAUAAAGAAAAAGAUGAAUAUUCUGCAAUAAAUCAUAUAGAAUCAUCAUCUCUUGUAACUAAUGAUACUCAAUCAAAAAUUCAAGAUAAUCCUUCAAUAGAUGAAUGUAAAACGUUUGAAGGCCACAUACAAGGCUUACCUCUUCCAAAAUUUGCAGACGAGACUUUGGCAAAUAGAAAAAAGUUAUCAGCAUUAGUAUCCAAUUCGAAAAUUACAUUAAGAGGAUCGCCAGGUAUGAUUAUUGAUCUAACAGACAAUGAAAAAUUAAACGUAAAAGGUGUAAAUACCUUAUUAGACAGAUUCUUCUAUAAACAUGUUGACACAAAAAAACAGAAUGAUAAUAAAUCUAAAGUAACUGUAGUACACUUACAAAAUACGCAGAAAGGUCUUCUUCCAAUUAAAGAAGUACUCCCGUAUAAGGUGCCUAUUAACAUUGAUAAUUCUGAAUUGAAUAAGCCUGGAGCCAAAUUAAUGCGUUUAAAGGAAGAUCUAAAAUUACAAAUGACUUUAAAGCGAAACAAAGAAUGGAAACAGAAAGAAAUAGAGUUGCAAACGCAGGAGGAAGAAGAAUGGAAUGAAAAGGAAGAAAGUGAUUAUGAUUUAGAUGAACAAGAAGAGGAAGAAUUGUAUCUUGAAUUGAGUGGCAGCGAAGAAAGCGAACCCGAAGAGAAUGACGUUUGCAUUAAGGAUAAAAAGAGAAGUAAAUACCAAUUUGCAGAUGACGAAGCUGAAGUUACUGACAAUGAAGAUUCAAGUACAGAAGAAACAUGCAAUGAGAGUGAUACGGAUCAUGUAAAACAUAAUAAACAAUCCACAAGUUUUAAAUAUAGAAAAGGAUACGUGGACGUUGAUGUAGAUAAGAUUGAAACUGAUCAAGAAGAAGACGAUGAAGAAGAAGAAAAAGAUGAAAAUGAAGAAAGUUUAGAAAAAAAGGAGAAUGGAAAUGAAUCUGAUUUUGAAGAUGAUGACAAUGUUGAUGUUUGUAAAAGCUUUAAAAUUGCCAAAAACAAAAAUAAUAGCAAAACAAGACAAUUAAUGGAAGAGUUUCAAGACGAUUCAAACAUUACAGAUCUGAGUUAUUUACGAAAUGAUAAUAGUCAAUUAAAUAUGGCGACAAACGUAGAUGCAUCCAAAACGCAUUGUGAAGGUAAUGAUUGGAUAAGUGAAAACGAAAGCAAUAUGCCUGCUUAUCAACAUGUAGAAAUUGCUACAAGAAGCCAGAUAUGUAAAACACCUUUGACAAAAACAAGUAUGCUUGAUUUGGUUUCUCCUAUAACGCAAUUAAGCGUAUUGAAUACUACUUUAGCCUCCAAUAAAAAUAAUUCAUUGCGAAAAAGUGAAUAUUUAGUUGAUAAACAUGAGUUUCUUUCUAUGGAAAAUACACAGAAUGACGAAUCUUCUGAAUAUGUAUGUAACAUUAGAAGUAAGUCUAUUUUAAAAAAGAAACUGUUCGAUGAUAUUGGAGAAACUAUUGAUGAUGAAUAUCUUAUGCGAUUGUGUUCGGGUAAAUUUGAAUCUACACAGAAAACUGAUCUGGAUUUAUCUUCGCCAUUCAAUACCAUUGAAUCGCAAUUACGUUCAAGCGAAUCCGAAUUAGGUUCUGAAAAUUCUAACAUUAAAUCAAUUGAUGUUAAACAAUCAAAAAAUACAAAAAUAAAUAAUAAAAUGCUUGAAGAUAUAAAAUUGCCUUUAGAUGAAGAUUCCAAUAAUUCAAGUCAUGCAAGUGAAGUAAAUAAAGUUAAUAAAAUGGAUUCGGAAUUAAAAUCAAGAGUUAUUUCCUCAGACGAUGAGGAUGAUGAUACGUAUCUAAAACCCAAAAAACGCUUAACCAAGAGAUUAAAUUUUUCCGAUUCGGAAGAGGAGAAGUCUCAAUUUUCUGACGAAGAAAACGAUAAUAUGGAUAAUGAAGAAGCAGAGGUACAAUAUGUUGAUUAUGACUCCGAGGAAAAUGAAGUGACGGUCGUACCGGAAAAGGAUAUAAAAAAAGUUGCAGCUAGUUUUUUGGAAGAGGAAGCAGAGUUAAGUGAAAGCGAUUGGGAUUCUGCUGACGAAGAUGAGAAAGACUUGGAUAAAUUAGAAUUUGAAGAAGCUGAUGAUGAACACAUAGACGAACACGAAAUGAAAAAUCAAUUAGAAAAGAUCCAUAUGAAACAAAUACUUGAUGAAGAUAAAAGGGAAGUUAAAUUGCUUAAAGAGUUAUUAUUUGAAGAUGGCGAUUUACAUACCGAUGGAAUGGGACGGGAGCGUAAAUUUAAAUGGAGAAAUAUAGAUAAAUUAGGAAAUAUUGAAAUGCCACAAAUACCUGAUGAAAACGCUGAUGGCUGGGUGGAUGUGCAAGAAGAUGAAGAAGAAGCAAAGUGGAGUAAACUCAAACAUGAAAGAGACAAAUUUCUUGAGGAAAGAAUGAAAGAGGAGAAGAAAGAGAAAUGUUUAAAUAAUGAAAUUGAGGAUGAGUUAUGCGAUAGUCAAAUCUUUAAAUUCGGACUGAAAGCAGUUAGGAAAAUUAAAGAUAACGAAUCAGAAAGACAGGAUACUUCUCUUGACAAAGUAGAUCCUUCUGAGAAUUUGGAACCAAUUAUGCCACGAAAUAUAGUGGAUCUCUUAAAUGGGCCAAAUAUUGGAAAGAAAUCUCAGAUGAUAUAUAAUGUUAUAAAAAAACGUUCUCUUUUAACACGAGGAGAAGAGUCAUUAGCGAAGAUAGCUUCAUUGGCAAAACAAGGUGAUUCUGCUUCUCAUGCAAUAAAUACAAGAAAUUUUGUCUUCCCACAUAUCGAUCAAACUACAAAUAAUACAUUUAAAAAAGAAAGUGAAUCAACUGCAGAAAAUUUAAAUUCGCAAAUUAAGUCUGGAAAAAGAAAAAUGAUGUCAAAUAUGUUAUCGACAUCGAAAAAAAGGCGAAAAUAAAACUGUUCUUAGAAGAAAAUUAUUUUAUUUACAUAAUAUGUAAAGACUGUCGUUUUUACAAAUAACAUUUAAUAUAAACUUGAUAUUUGUAAAUGAAAUGAUAAUGAACUUAUUUUUGUUAAGCUACUCCUAAAAGUUUGUUAGAAAAUGUUUACUUAAGAAUGUUAAUAAUGACAGUUAAAUGCCUUCUUAUGUAUAAAUAGUAAAUAUAUACAAACGACAAUUCAUCCAAUAGAGAAAGAAUGAUUUCUUUAUGAAAAA